GUGCAGCAGUAGGGUGUCACGGUGGUGUUAGUGUCGCUUUAUUUAUGUCAAAUUAUCGCAAGUCCUGUCCAAAUCUCGCGUGUUUUCAUGGGAUCAGUGAGAUAUUGUGCAGAAGCAGAAACACAUCUUGCAUGAGGGCCUAGCACACGCUCUCCAGUGCAGCAACCAUGAACGAAGUCAGCAUAUCAUCUGCCCGGGCAUCGGUGAUGGUCUAUGACGACGUUAACAAAAAAUGGGUGCCAAGUGGCAGCUCCUCGGGGCUGUCGAAGGUGCAGCUGUACCAUCACCAAGUGAACAAUACUUUUCGCGUAGUAGGCCGCAAACUUCAGGACCAUGAAAUCGUCAUCAACUGUGCGAUCCUCAGGGGUCUAAAAUAUAAUCAGGCCACUGGCACUUUUCACCAGUGGCGGGACAACAAACAGGUCUACGGGCUUAAUUUUUCUAGUAAAGACGAUGCAGAUGCCUUCGCCAAAGCAAUGCUCCAGGCUCUAGAUGUGCUGAGUAACGGAAGCAACAUAUCAAGAAGUCUGGGCCCGACAGUUGCGCCGACAACACAACAGCAGCCUGUCUACCAACAACAGCAACACCAACAAGCCACUCCACAAUUCGAUGAAGAUAUGGGAUAUAGGACGAUGACAAGGGAAGACGUGGCUAUAAUACAAGAACGCAGAAUGUCGCAGCAGAAUCAAGCAACGAAUGGUGCUAACCCAAUAUCACCAAGUUGCCCACCUAUUGGACCACAACAGCAGCAAUCCGGUCACCACCGAACAUCAUCUGCCCCGCCAGCUCCAGCACCCCCACCCCAGCCUCAACAGAUGCAGCCACCGUUGGGUGCACCGAUUCAGCAAAUGCCCCCGGCACCUCCGCCACAGCCUCCAGCAGCUCCACCCGCUCCACCCUGUCCGCCAAAUGGCGCGAUGAUCUCUUACACCAGCACCAAUAACAACAACGUUCCAAUGGCGGCACCCCCGGCAAUGAACCAGUACGCACAAUCACCAUCCCAAUCGAGCCACCCCAGUCAAUCACAGUCCCAAACAGUCUAUGCUUCCAAUCAGGGGAACCAGUACGGCGUGACAGCCUCGCAGACCAAUCAGUUUGUAGCCGCUGGUAGUCAAAAUCAAAUGGGACAGUACUCGGGUAGUCAGAGUAGCUUGUACGGUACUAGCACAGGUCAGGGUUACGGUACUCAACCUAGUAGUCAAAGCAGUCAGUACACGAGCAGUCAAAGCUCUCAGUACGGCGGCGGCAGCCAUUAUGGCAGUAGUAAUUCGAUUAAUCAGUAUGCUACCAUUCCGAACAACCAGUAUGCGCAGAGUCAGUCUCAGUACGCGACAGUAGUUUCUCAGCCGCCGCAAGGCCAGUUUGUAGGUAACGUUCAGUCUGGAAGCAGCUCGAACCCGUACGGCACCCCGUCGAACUCUGUCAACCUCAACCAGUAUCCUGGUCCUGGCACCCAUGUUAACAAUUAUGCUCCCGUUGGUAACAGUGCUGGCCCUCCACCACCCCCGAUGGGACCAGCCCUCGGUCCUGCCGCACCACCUCCACCUCCGCCCCCGCCCGUUCCAGAAGCCAACAAUCAGACCAACUCUGGGGAUUCCAAUGCUAAUUCGGGACCUGAUGUCAACUCACUCGCAGCGGCCCUCCAGGCAGCGCGACUCAAAAAGAAACAGCAAUCUCAGCCUAUUGAAAAUAGCGGAUCGAGUACCAGCAGUAGUGGUAGUGGAGGCGGAAAUUAUGGCACACUGGGAAGAGCAAGCGGAGGAAGUAGCGGCGGAGGUGUUGGAAUCGCUUCUAUGAUGGAUGAAAUGGCCAAAACUUUAGCGCGAAGACGCGCUGCGGUUGAAAAGAAGCAGCCGGAACCAGCUCCGGAACCUGAAAGUUCACCUGACAAAAAAUCCUGGGACAAAAGCAAUUCGAAUAACAAAUUCUCCAACGGAGCCGAAUCACCAAAAGCAAGUCGCAAGAGGUUCGGUUCUGCAUCUGAAGACACGCUUCUCAAAGUAAAUGGAGUUAACGAAGGAUCUCCGUUUACGACUCAAGAUAUGGAGGCGUUCAAAAUCGAGCUGAUCAAGGAAGUCCGGAAGGAGUUUCAGAAGAUAAAGCAAGAGAUUAAGCAAGAAAUCGUUGAAGCCAUGAGAACCGAACUGAGUAGAAGGUAAAGACAAGCUGGCCUCCGAUAAGCGCAAAAUGAAAAGAGAAAACAGGACGACAGAAGUUGUACUAGGAAGCUCAAUCGAAGCAUUUUCAUCGACAAGCACACAUAGGUUUUUACCAAGAACAGUGUAGUUAUACCCAUGUAUAUCAACCUCUUGUGUAAGUACGUUAAUCUAACUUAAUAUUUCAAGUGGUCAACGUUUCUCCGUUGCCCAUUAUACGAUCGGUAAUCGAAACUCGAAUGUUGGAUCAACUGAGUUCUAUUUAUUACGCUGUAGACGUACCGAUUCUGCGUAGGACUUUCUGUAAACUAGGCGUACAACCAACAAACGGAAAGUCUGAAAAUUCGAGUCAAGGUUCUAGCUCUAUUACGUAACGAAUUGUGAGUUACGUCUAAAACGAAAGUACAGAUUAUUUUAAACAAUUUUCUUCGUACCUGUCAGUGCUAAAUGCUCGCAACGAGCGAUUCGAGUGCAUCAUAUUUCUUUAGAUAUCUCGACGAGCUAUUUUCUCGUGAUAUCUUUGAAGAGUUAGAUAGUUAUUUACGAGUACUAAAUGUACUUUACUGCCAACUUGAAACAAUCAAGAGCAAGAGCGAACGCUUCAGAUCUUGUAUACAAAUUCGCUAUUAGUUUCACGACACUCAAUUGGUUCAACAUAGAAGCCACACACAAUGUACAUUUAUCAUUGCGAUAUGUCAGCACCGGGUUUUAAAGCCACUUUUGUACUUUAGUGUCACUGUAGAAAAUGAGUUCAACGCAAGAAAACGUGUAUAGAUAUUCUUUCGCCAAUGUCGUGGCACUUUGCGGAUCGCUUACAAGAUUUUAUACGUCAAGAGGAGUGAAUUCGAUAAAUUUACAACUCGGUAGAUUUAUCCUCGAUGUGAUACUUUGAAUUUUUGCGAGUUAAAGACAAGCAUAUCACAGACAUUCCGAAAGAUACUUUUAGUGAGUUUCAGAUAUCUUAUUUGUCUCUCAAUAUAAAUGAAAUUUUUAGACAACCGGCCGUUGCCUAUGUGAUUUUAAACUAGUAAUUGAAUCCGCAUUUUACUGUGCAAUUGCCACGACUUUGGCAAAUGCAGAUCACAUUCACCUAUUACUUAAGUGUACACACACACACACACGCGCGCGCGCGUACUCACAUAUUCACAAAAACUUGUAAAACAUUUAAGGGGACGUCGUCCAUAAGCUAUUGUAGGAGAUGUCUUAAAAGUGAUUCAGUGAAGCUUUAAGACGAUUUCUACCGAGUCAUGUCUGAUUAACGCGAUUAAGACACGAGCAUAUGAACAAUAUUUGAUCUAGGUUGACAAUCGGGUCAAAGGGAUUUUUUUAAAUGGUGUAUUUCGUGAUCAGAGUCUGCCUCAUGAAGAGAAUUUUAUUCUAUUCUGCAUGGAGGUUGUGUUUUUGCGGCAUGACAUCAUUUUUCAGAAAAAUAAAAAUCCCGAAUAUUGAAAAAUGCUGAAAACAUAAUAAAACUGCCGAAAAUGUCUGUUAACGAAAUUUGAAUAUUUCAAAAGUAAAAUUUAGAGAUUGAAAUCAGUAAAUUCCCGAAAAAAUUUAAUAUUUAAUAUCUGUUAGAAUAUUUUAUUUUGUGCAUAGUUUGAAAAUAUAUUAGAGGCCUUUUUUAAUGUCAGACUGCAGAGUAUGUCCGAUAUGCAAUAACAAUUUUAUUGUGACAGGAUAUAAUUUUUUUUUUCAUGGAAAUUUACUAAUUUCGGGAAUUUAAAAUAUUGAUAUUUUGAAAAUUCGAGUUUUAAAACUUUAGUAAUCAAAUUAUUUCGGGAAUUUCGAUUUUUACAUUUGUAAUAUUGCAAUUUUGUUAACAAAUAUUUUCGGUAGUUUUAUUUUUCUUCAAUAAUUGGGAAAUUUCUUCUUUGGUACAUAAUUAUAUUUUCUGUACUUUUCAACAUUUGGCAUUUUUUUUGUUUCAAAAUCAUGUCAUCCCCAUUUUGCUUGUGUUUAUUUUAAACUUUGUUUAAAAUAAGAGCAGAAAUAACGCAACCUUAAUCUAAAAAAAUCGUCGUUACCACUUCUACUCGCUCGCAGUGAUCGUUUUAAAAUGAUUUUAUGAAUUCGGACUGCAUAAAAUCCAUUUUCGUACUUAUCACCAUGUCAUACAAAUUACAUUUUAAUAUCGUGAGUACGGCGUACUUAUACAAAUCGUCCAUCCAUUAAUUCAAUAAUACAUUAGGUCAAUGGUUAAUUGCUUCAUUGGUUUAUUCAUUAAGUCAGUUCCUCUGUUCACUUGUUCAAUACACCAUCUAUUCAUUAAUUCGAAAGUCCAGUAAUGAGUAUGAUAAUUUAUUAAACACUGUGAUUGCAAAAGUGGCAGGUGCAAGGAGACUAGUAGCGUUAGAUUGUGAGGUUGGAAAACUUGAACAAUUUGAAUACGGUCCUAAUUAAAAAUAUUUGUUUUUAAAGAAAUAAAAAGGUUUCUAAAAAGGAAAUUUGAAAUAUUUAAGUUGAAUCAAUUCGAAUUAAAUUUGAAACUUAAAGAAAUUUCUUAUAUCCUUUGAAUUACAUUCUGAAUUGAAUUGAAGGGACUCAAACUAAAAAAAAUUCGAUUUAAAAGCAUUUCAAUUCUCAAAGGCGUUAAAAUGUCUAUUGAAAUGAAUCUCUAGUGCUUUUAGAUUUGUUUGCUUUCGAAUUUAAAACCCUAAGCAAAUGAAACAGUAUUUUCUUCUACCAUCUUUUUGAAGUCACAGUUGCUAAAUGAAUAAUAAAAUUAAUUCUUUGAAGACUUGCACCAGCGAGCAAGUAGUAGUUUAUUGGGCGGAGAAGAAAAGUUUAACUAUUAGAAUUUUAUAACGUUUGUUUGGUGCGACGCCAAGCAAUAGAGAUAGUAUUUCGAUAAUUCAUCUACACUUUAUUACAACUUUUAAGCUGUAUUAUAACACUGAGAGAAGGAACAAUUCCACUUGACUGAGACCUAAUGAAUAAUCGCCGUGAUUCAUCGUAAGCGCCCAUGCCGCGAAAAGUUUCUCCGACGAAUUAGACUAGCGACAGCACGUUAACAAGUUUGUCAAUCUUGCAAAGUCCUCGCUGGUAAAGAGGACACUUUUAAAGAAACGGUUCAUCAAUCUAUGUUUGAUGCACAAGUUUUGUAAAGGUCACCUAUUUGACGAUGUUUCCAGGCUUAACCACGACCCCUAGUGCAAUUUAGGCAGAGAAAUAAAACGUUUCUAGUGAUAAUUCAGUUCAUAUCGAUUGAUCAUUCAUUUACAGCAAGAGACGAUGAGAAGGUUUGUAGUUCAGAGAAAAAAUUGCAAACCCCUAAGGCUGGGAAGUGGUGAAGCUCGAGUGAUUCUAAUUUUGAGCCCAGGACAAAUCAAACGUGACACGAAUAUCGUGUCAUACACGGAUUUUUCAGUUUAUAAGUUUAAAAAAUUUUGUAUUCCAUUUACACGAUCGAAGUAUUCGAUGUGCCUCUUUUGUACAUGACCCAGUAAUUUGAUAUAAGACUAUUAUUCUACUUUCGAAAAACGACUUCUUAUUACACUACUUUGUACGUAUCCUUUUGUAUAUACGAUUCUCGUACAGCUCUUCCAUUAUAUCUAUAUUUAUUUUUUAAUUUGAAAAAAUCGAUGUGGGGGCAAAGCAAGUGCAAAUCGACGCGAGGACAAAUUUAGCUUUGCUUUUUAUUUUUUUUUCAAAACGUUCCAAGUUGUGCGUUUUAAUUCUAAGUUAUGACUCUUAAGGCGUUCUGUACAAAUAGAUUUCUUACUACUUAUUCGAACCACACGAAAGAUUGUAAUUUAAUUUAAAAAUUUUAGAUAGUCUGAUUGCAAUAACCGUUAGUCUUGAAGUGAAGAAGACAGAAGGUCUGCACUUUUUCACCCAAGAUAAAAUCAGCAUAAUUCUGAUAUUUUAAGCCGCGUUGUUUAUACUCUUCGUUUUUAGCAAAGGCUUUCGCGCCUUGUCCAAGCGUUCAGAUGCACACACGAGAUUCAACCUUCGCCUCUUGUCAGUUUUCGAAGUUUUUAUCAAAAUGCAGAAAAAAAUUGAAAUUAAAAAAUCUGUAAGAGUCGGCAACAGGUUUUAACUGACAGGAAGCGUUUGUUGAGCUACUCCGCAUUUAGGUAGAAACUUAAGUAUUCCACGUUAGAGGCUGUUGUUUUUACUCGUUCAUUUGAAAUGUGCAAGUGAUACAUUUCAAGCAACACAGUCCGUCGGCAACAAAAAAAGCAGCCCCGUUCGCAGGAGAACAGUUUAGUAUUAGACGCAUUUAUACAAUAGAGCGAUGCUUUCGAAAAUGUAGGUAAUGAUUUCGAUGGACCUAACUGUGAGUAUUAAGAGUGUUUUUAAUGAUGAAAACUUUUUAAACACAAGCAUGUCAAGGUGAAAAAACAUUCACCGGCGAUUUAACACGAGAGAAGUAUAGUAAUCGCGGCAGUUAUAAUGCUGUGUAAUGUAAUAAGGACUAUAUCAUCAAUGAAAUAUAUACGCAACUGAAAACUGAUAAUAUAGAAGGGCCUACGACCGGUUACGGAGAUUUAAAAUAAUCGAGUUCUUGCUGCUUUCAACAUUUUUUUCGACACAGGAUUUUUUAAUUUUGAAUUCUGUCGUUUUAAUAAAUUAUUUGAAAUAGACUUUCAUCGGCCGUGGGUCCAUUGUUUAACGAAAUGCACUUAGGAUUAUAAGAGCGCAGAAGAUCCGGUUAGAUAGAUCGCUUAUUAAGAUUAUCUCGUUACUUACUCAUUCUUCAUAGACUACGACCGAGAAUCGCAGGAUAGAAAAUAUUAAAUCGCAUCCGUACUUUUCUAGGGGUUUCACUCUACGGAAAAUGAAAUCAUACAUUUGGAAGCUCUCAAAUUUCUUCCAACUAAACUUGAAAAUUUUCAAAAUAGGGUUCAUUUAAUUUUCCGAAGAGUCGAAACUCGACGCUUACAAAUUUUUGCGUAGCCAAUCUAUCAAGAUAAACUUGAAAGUUUUGCUUCUGAUUUACAAGUCUUGUUUUAAGUUCUCAAAAUAACUUUAAGUUUUCAUCUAAAAUGGUUUACUCUUGUAACCAAGAUAUCUGCUUCAGCAAUUAAUAAAAUUCUUUGUUGCUUUUUACGCCACUGAUGUUGGGAUUCAAGUUAUACUUUAGAUCUUUAGAACAUGCUGGAUGCAUGAUUUAAUUUACAAAGUUUGAUUUUAGCCAAACUCGAGUCUCGUAACUCAUAAUAAUUGAUUGAUUGUCUUCGGCGCGCAUAAUGCCUUAACAGGCAACGAAGGUUGAACAUUUACCAAAAUCUCCUGAGAAGAGAAAGAGAAUUUUUCGCCCCUUGCAAAGUGGAGCCAUACGUACUAUUGUAUAAUCAGCGAGUAACAUUUUGAUAAUCGUUUAUUCGUCUAUUGGCUUAACUGAUAAGUAAUCAGUGCUUCGAUAAGUAGUGUGUGUGAUCUCAAAUUAUUUGUUUUUGCAAUUUAAAUAGAAUAAUUUCGAGUAAACUGAAUUCUAACUCCAAGUUUUAUGAGUCAUUGUUCUUAUUUUGAAAAAUACGAAGAAACUAUUUAAAAAGAAAGGCCUAAUGUCGCUUUUUUAAUUAAAAAUGUUAUUUAAAUAUAAUUUAUUGGUGAAGAUCACUAGGCUGAUUAUUUAAUAGAUGAUUUAAUGAAUUAUUUAAGUAUUUAAAUUUUAGGUUUAAAAAUAAUUUUAAGAUUAUGAUUAAUUUGUUCCUAUCUUGAAAUGGCUAUUUAUAAAAUACGAAAGGAAUUCCUGCUAAAUUCGGAACAAGAUUUUGGGUCAGCGAAUUCGAAUACCAUCCGCCUUGCUAGUUGCUCAUUUGUCCGACUAGAUAUGGCUUUUUCCACUGAUGUACAAUUAUUGUCGAGCUCUUAUUUGAAACUUCGCACACUGUUAUCGAGGAAACACUGACAUGAGAAAUACACGCUAACUGUUGUUAAUUCAUGUUAAAAGGUAUAAAUGACAAUUUUCUAAUACUGACAUCCGAGGAUGUAUAAAUAAAUAAAUAAAUAAUAAAAUAACACAUGGCUGAAGUGAAGACGUGAUUGAAACAUCGCCAUUUAAGUAUUUGAAUCUAGCGAUAAGUUGUGAAAUUCAUGUGUUUGAUACGUUUAGCUAUGCUUAAGUGAACCGAUAAUAAACGCUAAGCAAGCGACAGUCAUGGCGAACACUUCAUUUCUCGAAUGCGUCUUGAAAAUAUUUGUAUGUAAAUGAAUGAAAAGGUAAUAAAAAGUAUACAUGCCACAUUGA